GUUUUGUGUGUUUUUUCCAGGUGUGCAGUAGACCCGGAUCCAGCCCCAUAGAUCCAGUCUGCUGUGCGGUUAGUCACUUCUUCCUGGCUGACGGAAGAAGGCGGGUGGUCUGUUCGGUGGUGACCUCUCGUCUUCUGGCAUGAGAAAGUCUGGAUCCUGUGGAUUAACCAGCAGCCACGGUAGCAGCUGAGAGUCAGGGAUGUGUCCCUGUCCAGAGCACCGCCCUCAGACCCUGGACGCAGCUGCAGAGACGGACCGCCUGUCAGCCUGAGUCCGACCGAGGACCGACACACUUCACACACCGCAGACCAGGACCCGGUUUGACCGGAGACACCGGGAGGAAGGAGAGUGAGGAUCGGGUCGAGAUAUGAGCACAUAAAGUUACUGUGGAGCUGAGAGAUAACAAGGCUGUGUCAGAUCUGUAUGAACAAAUCUAAGAGACUGGGCAUGACGGUGUGAGCCAAGCUGAGGGUGUAGCCACAUCUGGCAGAGAGCGCUGAAGUGAGCGGGAGCCUCAGCACACACACCGAACCAUCUACUGCAGCAGGGGAAGAUGGGAGAAACAGAGGAGGACAGGGAUAAUGUGGGGAAGCUGUUUGAGAACUUUGUCCAGGCCUCGAGCUGCAAAGGAACCCUUCAAGCCUUCAACGUCCUCUGCAGGCGGCUCGACCUCGACCCUGCGGACAACGGCACCUUCUACAGCAGCCUGAAGGCAAAGGUCACCUACUGGAAGGCCAAAGCGCUGUGGAGUAAACUGGACAAGAGGGUGUCUCAUAAGGAGUACAAGAAAGGCCAAGCCUGCGUGGGCACCAAGUGCCUCAUCAUCGGCGGAGGUCCCUGCGGCCUGCGGACGGCCAUCGAGCUCGCUCUGCUGGGCGCCAAAGUGGUGGUGAUCGAGAAGAGAGACUCCUUCUCCAGGAACAACGUGCUGCACCUCUGGCCCUACACCAUCCACGACCUGCGGGGCCUCGGGGCCAAAAAGUUCUACGGCAAAUUCUGUGCCGGGGCCAUCGACCACAUCAGCAUCCAGCAGCUGCAGCUGAUCCUACUGAAAAUCGCCCUCAUCGUCGCAGUCGAGUUUCACAUCAAUGUGGAGUUUGUCAAGCUGCUGGAACCUCCUGAGGAUCAGGAAAAUGAAGGCCUCGGGUGGAGGGCUGCAAUCCGACCCGCUGAUCACCCCGUGGCUAACUUUGAGUUCGAUGUGGUGGUGGGGGCUGACGGACGCAGGAACACUCUGGAAGGUUUCAAAAGGAAGGAGUUCAGGGGUAAACUGGCCAUCGCCAUCACAGCAAACUUCAUCAACAGGAACACCACGGCAGAGGCCAAAGUAGAGGAGAUCAGCGGAGUGGCCUUCAUCUUCAACCAGAAGUUCUUCCUUGACCUCAAAGAGGAGACAGGUAUCGAUCUGGAGAACAUUGUGUACUACAAGGACAACACACAUUACUUUGUCAUGACGGCCAAGAAGCAGAGUCUGCUGGACAAAGGAGUGGUCAUUAACGAUUACAUCGACACCCAGAUGCUGCUGUGCCGUGAAAACGUCAACCAGGAAGCUCUUCUGUGCUACGCCCGAGAGGCUGCUGACUUUGGCACCAACUACCAGCUUCCCACGCUGGAUUUUGCCAUGAACCACUGCGGGCAGCCAGAUGUAGCAAUGUUUGACUUCACAAGCAUGUACGCCUCAGAGAACGCCGCUCUGGUCAGGGAGAGGUUCGGACACCAGCUGCUGGUGGCGCUGGUUGGCGACAGUCUGCUGGAGCCGUUCUGGCCGAUGGGGACGGGCUGCGCCAGAGGCUUCUUGGCUGCCUUCGACACGGCCUGGAUGGUGAAGAGCUGGGCUCAGGGUCGGACGGUUCUGGAGGUGCUGGCAGAGAGGGAGAGUAUUUACAGGCUCCUUCCACAGACAACACCAGAAAACAUCGCCAAAAACUUUGAACAGUACACCAUCGACCCAGGAACUCGAUACCCCAACCUCAACUCCUCCUGUGUGAGGCCGCACCAGGUGCGUCACCUGUACAUCAGCGUGGAGCUGAAGUCCUGCUCUCUGGAGCGUGCUGCCACCAUACGCCGGCCCGUCAAUCUGAGCAGACGAGAGUCGGAGAUCAGACCGACGAGGCUUCUCACCUGGUGCCAAAAACAGACGGAGGGCUACAGGAAUGUGACGAUCACAGAUCUGACGUCUUCUUGGCGAAGCGGCAUGGCCCUGUGUGCCCUCAUCCACAGGUUCAAGCCUCAGCUGAUAGAGUUCGAUUCAUUAAACGAAGAAGACCACGCUGCAAACCUCCAGCUGGCGUUGGACAUCAGCGAGCGGGAGUUUGGGAUCCGAUCGUUCACGUCUGCGAAGGAGCUGAGCGCUGGCGAGGAGCUGGAUAAGACCAGGAUGAUCGCGUACCUGUCCAAGUUCUAUGAGCUGUUCCGAGGAACACCUUUACCUGCAUCAGGGUCCAGAGGAGUGGACGAAAACAACGAAGAUUAUCCAUCUAAGGAAGUCAGAAGUAAUAAUAAUGUGCUCAAUCUUGCAGUGCACAGGAAACGGGUACCAAAGGAUGAAAAGAGGUCUGACGGUUCAGACCCCAUUUACAAACGGAGACGAAAGUUUUGUUAUCUGGAGGAGGCCACUAAUCUGUCCAGUAAUGGCUCCUCAGUGCGAGAGGAGCGGGAACCAAAGGAAAAUAAAGUGCGCUCAAUGGCUACUCAGUUGCUGGCCAAAUUUGAGAGCUCGCCCAGCUACACUGUUCGCAAAACACAGUCAGACUGUGAGAGGUCGUCCCCGCUGCAAACUCUUGACCUGACUGAGAGUCUGCGCUUAAAACGCAGGCCUCCGGUCCCACGCAGACCUCCACCUGAGACACAGUUUGAAAUGAGUAUCAGAAAAGCAGCGCAGCAGUUAGUCCGCCUGCCUCCAAGGACUCUGCACCAACCCCAGCUCCAGCCUCAGUCCCAGCAUCCAUUUUCCCUAGUGAAGCUCAGACACGUUGAUCAGACACACGCUGAGACGAAGCCCGAGCCUGAGAGCGCAGACCCCCCCGCUUCCUCCCCCUCCUGCCACUCAGCAAUCCAAUUCAUGUCAAGAAUCCUCCAGCGCCUCAGGGAGGUGGAUGAGCACGUCUCUGAGAGGAGAGCUCAGACACAGCAGACUAGAGAGUUUCACACAAAGAGCAUAAAGGAAAAAGCUGUUCACCUUACAGGCUUGUUCUCAGGGGAAACCUCUGCUGAGCUCAAGGGCGGCUCAGUGCGGCGGGCGUUCCCUCAGUCCGGUGACAAGUGUCACUCGUGCGAGCGGCGUGUUUACAUGGUGGAGAGAGUCUGUGCCGAGGGGCUCUACUUCCACAGGGAGUGUUUCCGCUGUUCCACCUGCAGCUCGGCUCUGCGGCAGGGAGCGCACGCCUUCGACUCUGAACACGGGAAACUCUACUGCAAACUUCAUUUUGAUCAGCGUAACAACGGGACAAACCUCCGGAGGAAUUUCUCUCUGCGCUCAAAUCGAUAUGGAGCUGGAGCUGAGGAGCGGUGUGUAUCUGAUGGAGACAGCUCUGAGUCCGGCAGCGCAGCAGGUCUGCAGAGUCCGCCUUCAGCAGGUACCUUCAGCUCCUUCAUGAGGAAACAGCUGAGCUGGCCUCUGAGCGUGACUCGCGCUCUGUGUAACGCCCCCUGGCGUCUGUCCAGGCGUGUGCGCGGGGCGGCGCAGGCCCUCGCCGGCCACCUGAGGGACAACGCCCAGGACUAUACUUUCCUGUAUGAGCUACUGAGCAUGAGUCUGCCCCUGCUGUUUGUUUUACAAGAGGUACUGCUGCAGAUGUACGCAGAGGCUGACGGGCCGAGCUCGUUACAGCCGCUGCUGCUGUGGCUGCAGGAGAACAUCGGCCACAGGCUCAUCUAGACCCUCUGCUAAUAUCUAACCUCCUCAUCACUCCACAUGCUGUUCAAUGAUGCUCAUUAGCUGCAGUGCUCCUUCAUAUUAUCAGUUGUAGCUGGGCACAAGCACCUUUUUAACCUUUACCUGCUUUUUAAGAUGAUGCUGUGGUGAGAUCCCGGGGUGUUGGUGUACCAAAGAAAAGACACUGUGUGUCUGCAGCAGUUUGUCAGGUGAUGAAAGCUGCAGCAGGUGAUGUUGCAGUGAGGAGGCUCAGAUCAAUGAAACUAACAUGCAGAUAAAGCAGGCGCUGCCUUACAGACUGCUGACAUGUCCGAUCAUCGUUGCUGUAGAAUUGAACCUUUUACAAACUGUCGUGGAUCCUGCAGUUAAAACUUUAACUCAGGUUCUGACUGACUGACUUGAAGCACUUUAUCUUUGGGAACUGCCUUAAGGACGAAGCAGGAAACUGUCACAUUAAAAGCCUGCUCUCAUGUUAACACUUUGACUACACUCUUUAAUAUCAGUGCAGGUCUGUUCUCUGUUUUACGCACAUGUUAACAGUUUGCUCAUUAUCUUUUUAUACUCUUACCACUUUUUUUUUAUGGUUGACGACAGAAGAACCUGACAGAGACCUUUGAUCCUCUGGACUCUGAGUGUUUAGUUCUACUCUGCUGCCAUCUACUGUCGCCUCUCAGAACUGUCCCCACUGACUGAUGAGAUAUUUACUGUAGACAGCAGGAGCUGCUGAGCGUGCUGUGAUGUGUUUGAAUGUGUUUUCCACUCUCACCAUAAUUUUACAGCAGAUCAACUGCAAACCUCUUUGACUGGAGCCUCUCAGUCGCUUCCUGUUCACACACACACGAUCUAAUGAUGCUCAUGAAGCACUUUAGAGCAACUUAGAGAAACUUAUUUUCAGUGUGCGACGUGUUGGGUUUGUGAUAUGAUGUUUGUGUUUUGUUGAAUUUGUGAAUGUGCUGCGUGGAACAUGAGCUGAAUGUUGACAGGUAAAAACCAAAGAGCUGUUUUCACUCACACUGACUGGACUCGUAUCACAGUCCUACAUCUGUUUAACAAGACUGACCUGAGAGCUGUAACAUGUUCAAUGGUGCCAGCAUACAAAUAUCUUCUUCAUUAUGAAUGUCAGUAUUUUGUUUUGUUCUCAUAAACAUUUUCUACUUUUUGUGCA